AAUUGGUGAACCCACACCAAUUUGGUAGUCCAAGAAUCAACUAACCUGUGAGACGUCUGAUGGGCCGCUGAGUAUACCGUUUCUCGGGCUUCGGCCCCAACGUUCAGCUUCGUAGAAAUCCCAAAUCUGACCGUUGGGCGUCACCAAACGAAAGCCAACCCUGAGGAUUAAAAUUUGACCGUUGGAGGCCAGGCGUUUCUCCAACGCCCUCAAAUAUCUCUCCCCCACUCUCCGCCCAAUCCAAACCCCCACGUCAAACGCAAGAUCUCUGCAUUCACUCUCUUCUUCUUUCCAUUUCCGCCUCUCUAAUCUCCUGCGCCCUCCCUUUCUCUCUCUCUGUCGCAUUUCUUCUCAACAAAAUUUCCUUUCCCAAACUCAGAUCUUCCCUCUUUCUAUCACUUUCCCAAAAACCCCAUUUCACUUCUUUCUUGGUUCUUUCCUCCAUCUUCCCAGUCUUCCAAUGGCAGAACAAAAAGACAACCAUGUAGUCGAAAUCCCAGUCGAUACCGAGCCCCAGCAGCAAAACCUCUUUGCUGAUGCCACCCUUGGCGCAAUCCAACACCACCCUCUAACCGAAAUCUCCAAAAGCCCCGGCCACCUUCUCCUCCUCAAGCUCUGGCAGAGGGAGGAAGACCUCCAUGGGCACCGCAUCGGAGCAAUCGAGACCCGGCUUGAGAGCAUCAAGCGCGAGGCCUUCCAACUCUGCUGCCUCUUCUUCGCCUUCCACGGCAUCUUCCUCACCCUCCUUUUCACCUCCUCGAUUAACCAAUCGGAGGAGCGCAGGGCAUGCAAGAACUGGUGGGUCCCUUCCUGCUUGUCCCUUCUCACCUCUCUUGUUUUGGUUUGUGCGGUGCAGAUGAAGAUCUGCGGAUAUUGGAAGGUCUCGAGGCAUUUGCAGAGGGAGAGGGCCGACGGGCGGGCCCUCACGAGGUGCAUUCAGGAGUUGCGGAUGAAAGGCGCCAGCUUUGAUCUGUCCAAGGAGCCGCAGACCUCGAAGAGGAUGAAGAGUUCGAGCGUCGAGAUCAAAUGUAGGCCUCUCCGGUGGUGCUCCCAAAAUCUUGUGACCAUUUCUCUUCUCUGCUUCACCGGGAUGACCUUCCCAGCUUGCAAGUUUAUAC